GCGGGGCGCCAAGGCCUGACUUUUCAGGUCACUGAGCGAGGAUGCUUUGCCCGGCCCCGGCCCGGGCUGGGGAACCUCCGGCUGCAAAGUGAACCUUAAAAGCCGGUCCACCUUAAGAGAGCCCGUCCUCCCUCGGCAGCCAAUAGGAAAGCGGCGGCGAGGAUCGGGGUAGUGGGGUGCUUCUCUGAUUCCGGCCAAAUCCAGGGUCUCCGAGCGUCCGCUUGGGUCUCCCCGGCAGCCUCCGCUGAGCCCUCAGCCUCCACCGUUAUGGCGCGACAGCUCCGGGGAGCCGCCAGUAUCCUAGGCAGCUGGAGGAGCUACUGUUUAAAAGGGCAGAAGAAACAAGUCGGUGAAGAUUUUGUGGAGAUGCUGAAAGCAGUGGUGGGGGAGCCCAAUGUGUCCACAGCUGCUGUGGUGCUUGAACAGCAUGGUCAUGAUGAGUCUAUGCACAGGUGCAGCCCCCCAGAUGCAGUUGUCUGGCCCCAGAGUGUGGAGCAGGUCAGCCGGCUGGCAGCAUUGUGCUAUGAUCACAGAAUUCCCAUUAUUCCCUUUGGCACCGGGACGGGGCUGGAAGGUGGUGUCAAUGCUAUAAGGGGUGGCAUCUGCUUUAACCUCACCCACAUGGACCGUAUUUUGGAUCUGAAUGUGGAUGAUUUUUCAGUGACUGUGGAGCCCGGGGUCACCCGGAAAGCCCUUAACUCCUACCUGAGGGAUACUGGUCUCUGGUUCCCAGUGGAUCCAGGAGCUGAUGCCUCCCUCUGUGGCAUGGCAGCUACUGGGGCCUCAGGUACUAAUGCUGUGAGGUACGGCACCAUGGUGGAGAAUGUUGUCAAUCUGGAAGUUGUGCUGGCAAAUGGGCAGAUCUUGCACACUUCGGGGCAAGGCCGCCGAUUCCGGAAAAGCUCAGCCGGUUACAACCUGACGGGACUAUUUGUUGGCUCGGAGGGGACCCUGGGCCUCAUCACCACAGCAACGUUGCGACUGCACGGCAUCCCCGAGGCCACGGUGGGAGCAGUCUGUGCCUUCCCCAGCAUCCAGACUGCGGUGGAUUGCACCGUACAGAUAAUCCAGAGUGGAGUGCCUGUGGCACGCAUUGAGUUCCUGGAUGAAGUGAUGAUCGAUGCCUGCAAUAAGUACAGUGGUCUGACCAAUGCUGUAGCUCCCACCCUCUUCUUGGAGUUCCACGGCUCCCAGCAGGGGCUGGAGGAGCAGCUGAGGAGGACCGAGGAGAUCACCCAGCAGAAUGGAAGCUCCCAUUUUGUAUGGUCGGAGGAGCUGGAGGAGCAGAACCGGCUGUGGGCAGCUCGGCACAAUGCCUGGUACGCCACCCUAGCUCUUAGGCCUGGCUGCAAGGGUUACUCUACAGAUGUCUGUGUCCCCAUUUCCCGGCUCCCAGAGAUUAUGGUUCAGGCCAAGGAGGACAUGAAAACUUCUGGACUCACAGGAACCAUAGUUGGGCAUGUUGGGGAUGGAAACUUCCACUGCAUCUUAGUGUUCAAUUCUGAGGAUGCUGAUGAAUCCCGCAGAGUCGAGGAGUUUGUGAAACAGCUGGGGAGGAACGCCCUGGCUAUGCGUGGGACCUGCACUGGGGAGCAUGGCAUCGGACUGGGCAAACGCCAGCUACUGAAGGAGGAGAUUGGCCCGGUAGGCAUGGAAACCAUGAGGCAGAUCAAAUCAGUCCUGGACCCCAAGAACCUCAUGAACCCUGGAAAAGUGCUGUGACAACCAGCCCCUUCUGCUAACUAUCUACCCCAUCCCCCAGUCAAGUUGCUGCUCUCCUUGUAGGGAUCAGGCUAGACAUGAGAACAACACCCAAAGCAUCUAGUGGGACUGAUACUGGGUGGUACUGGGAGAGCCAUCCCACUCACUGCCUUUAGGUGUGAGCAAAGACUGGAGUGGAGAAGGGGAGUGGCUGAUCACCUUUUAGACAAAAUCUUAGACCUCAAAACACUAGUUUAGGGCACUCCUAAGUAGCCUGGAUUCCCAGAAUCAUAGGGGAAGGUUUACUACUUAUUGGUCUUGGCCAGCUCAGCCUGGGCCAUUUGUCUAUCAUCAUUUUUCGAAGUAAACAAAUUUAGAACUAGAA